AUGGUUGAUGACAUUUUAAAGACUGUUGUGCCAAUGGAGAGACUCACUAGCAAACAACUGCAAGAUUUUGAAGCAUCCCAAGAGUGUCAUAUUUGUGAGAAACCGUUCAUUUCUACAGAUAUUAAACAUCGAGAUCGUCACUUUACUGGCAGAUUCAUGGCUAGUAGUCUUGAAAAAUUGGCAUCAUACUUGACUGAUACGGACAAGACAAUCACCCGAGCGCAUUGCAAUACCGAGGCUGAAUUUCAUCUUUUAUUGCGGAAGGGUGUAUUUCCAUAUGAAUACGUAGAUAGUUGGGAGAAAUUGGAUGAUGAAAAAUUACCGCCUAAAGAAUCUUUUUAUUCAUCAUUGAAUAAUCGGGAGAUAUCACAAGAGGACUAUGAACAUGCGUGUCAAGUUUGGGAGAAGUUUGACAUCUCAACACUUGGGGAAUAUUCAGAUUUGUAUUUGAAAACUGAUGUUCUACUCCUAGCAGACAUUUUUGAAAAUUUUAGAAAAAGCUGCUCUUCGGUGUAUAAGCUAGAUCCAUUGCAUUAUUACACAGCGCCUGGACUAGCAUUCGAUGCAAUGUUGAAAUACACAAAAGUGGAAAUUGAGCUUUUAACAGAUGUUGAUAAGCUUUUAUUCAUUGAAAAAGGGAUUCGUGGAGGUGUCGCUCAAUGCACCAAUCGUUAUGCUCACGCCAACAAUCGAUAUAUGGAUGAAAAUUACGAUAAAGAUAAAGAUGAGUCGUAUCUCAUGUACUUUGAUGUUAACAACCUGUACGGUGCGGCUAUGAGUCAACAUCUACCCUAUGGCGGCUUCGAAUGGGAAAAUCCAGAAGGAUUCAAUGUUUUCAAUGUUCCUGAUGACUCUCAAGAUGGAUAUAUUCUGGAAGUAGACUUGGAGUAUCCCAGAGAAUUGCAUGAUGCACACCGAGAUCUACCGCUGUGUCCCGAGCAUUUUGUCCCUCCAAAUCGUAAGAAUAAAAAGCUUAUGACUACUCUAUAUGCUAAAAAAUCUUACGUUAUACAUUACAGAAAUUUAAAGCAAUGUCUGACUCUUGGUAUGAAAUUGACAAAAAUUCUCCGAAUAUUGAAGUUUAAGCAGGGAACAUGGCUCAAGCCCUACAUUGAUUUAAAUACUGAAAAAAGAAAAGAAUCGAAGAAUGACUUUGAGAAGAAUUUCUUCAAAUUGAUGAAUAAUGCAGUCUUUGGGAAAACCAUGGAGAAUGUGAGGAAACAUAAAGAUGUCAAAUUAGUAAUUAAAUGGGAGGGGAGGUAUGGAGCAAGAGCUCGUAUUGCUCAGCCUAAUUUUCACAGUAGUCUCAUUUUCGACGAUAAUGAUAUGGUAAUAAUUGAGAUGAGUCGUGCAAAAAUCAAUUUUAAUAAACCCAUCUACAUUGGAUUUGCUAUCUUGGAUUUGUCUAAAAUCUGGAUCUACGAUUUUCAUUACAAUUAUGUGAAAAAAGUGUUUGGUGACAAGUCGAAGUUGAUGUACACAGACACAGAUAGUCUUUUAUAUUAUUUCACUGUUCCAGACAUUUAUGAGUUCAUCAAAGACAGUCCAUCAAAAUUCGACACUUCGGACUAUCCCGAGAAUAAUGUUUAUGGAAUAAAAAGACACAAUAAAAAAGUGUUGGGUGUAAUGAAGGAUGAAUGUAAUGGUCGGAUUAUAACUGAUUUUAUCGGCCUGCGUGCCAAAUUGUAUACUUUCAAGGUGUUGGGUGAGGUACGGGAGAAGAAGCGUGCAAAAGGUAGUAAAAAGCAUCAAGUUUAUACUGUAAGGCAAAACAAAUUGGCACUGAGCUCCGAUGAUGAUAAAAGAAUCUUAUUACCCGAUUCAACAGAUACUGUACCUUAUGGAUACCAUGAAUAA